AUGAGUGCCGUAGAGCUUCAACACCAAGUGCCUCCUGGCCCUGCCAGCACAGUUGACCGGCCGUUACCACAUCCCCGGUACCAAUCUCUGGGGAAUUCGGGUGGACGGCUGCCGGAACAAAUUGUAUCGGGUCUCACAACCUACUGGAUGGCGUCUUCUGAAGUCGACCAGAAGUUCCUUGGCAGGCUAGCCAGAGCUGUGGAACAAGACAACCCGCUGCUCUCCUCUAUGCUCUUCAAGAUUCUCGGCCUCUCACUCAAUCUGGCCGAGCAACUCGUUGCUGCUAAGAAGCAGCGCAAACCCACGCCAGUCACAUCACCACUUUUUCUUCGGCGCAUUCUGCACAUUCUUUGGCUCUCGCGCGAGGGUCUAGUUAUGCUGCAGCAGUAUGUCAUUCCCAUGGUUGGCAACUACGUCGAACUCAAGGUCCUAGCAUACAAGCUUCGCGCGAGUUUCCAUCACAUAUUCGUCCUAUUUCAUAACUCGCCACCUGUAUCGACCAUCGGUAGCUGGACCCCAGAUGCGAUAUCUGCUGCAUUUGCGCCGAUCUACAAGGACGGCCACGGCCUACUUGGUGUCGAUGGCGAUCCUAUAUCUCGGUCCUCAUCCGUCCAGCCGACGCAUGCCUUGGAAGGCGGACCUGUUGGGCCACCGCCUGGCUUUGAGACGCAAGUUGCACUCCUGCCCCCGUCUUUCUUGCUACCCGAAAAGGAUUAUCUGCCUACAGCGCACCAAUACUUCCAAGAAGCGAUGGACUUGGCCGACAACUUACUCUGGGGGUCACAUUCGUUGCGACUCUCAGUCAAAACCGAAUAUUCCGCCUUUCUUUACGAAUGCGUUCAUGACGCCGAAUCGAGCCGAGAACUUGCCAAGAAGACUGUUGCUGAGGUCUACGACGCGACAGAGGGUAUGGACGACGACAUGUUUCGAGACGCCUGUGAGCUGGUCACGGUGCUCGGCAAGAUGAUGAAGCGAGGCCUGGGCACCACCAGCUCCGUUGCCAAAGGAAAACGCGUUGAGGUAAUACCUUCCGCACCUCCAAUUGCGAAACCGCCUCCCGGAAUGGAGAAUGCCAUAUGA